AUGUCAUCAAAUGAGAACUAUAAAGGACUGCUACAAGAAUUGUGUCAAAAGAGAAAGGAGUUGACACCGACUUAUUCUACACCAAAGCAGUUGACAGAGUCGGGUAAUCUGUACUUUCAAACGGAUGUGUUGGUGAAGUUCAGAGGAAAGGAGUUCUCUGGACAGGGCACGGCCAAGGCAAAGAAGGAUGCCGAGAAACUUGCCGCCUACGCGGCACUGCAGCGAAUCUAUGCAGAGUUUCCAAACGAGCGCAUCGUUCAAGAGACCAACUCAAUGGCCAGCUCUGGUGGUGUUUGUGGCGGCGGCCUGGGCGACAUUGGACACAGCUUACCGAUCAGUGGCAGUGGCGGUGGCGGCAUGAUGUCACCGCCUGGCAAUCUCACCCCUCAGAUGAUGUUCACACCGUCCAGUCGACAUCCAAUGCCAGGCGACUCUCGGGUACCCGACCCCCUGCUUGUAGUGAAUGGAGCAUCGCUCAACUUUUCACAGUUGCCCAGCAUGCCAGGAGUCGAAGAUCCAAGAAUGAGAAUGAUCCUGGAUCAACAAUUGCGCUCUUACAACGAGCGUAUCGCGUCACUAGAAAAGAAGAUGACCGAAAUGCACGACCUCAUCGAGAAGAGACACUCAGACAUGAAAGAGUACGUCGAUCGCAAGACCAAGAAGAAGGUCAAGAAGAAUGAACAGCUUCCAAUCAUCGCCGUCAAGAUGAACCCAAUGGCGGAGAUUUCAGCGGUCGAGCGCGAUGAGGUCAAGAUGUCGACCAUCACACAGGAGAAGGUCGACGUGAGCAACGUGCCAGAACAGAUCUCAUACUACAAGUACGAGAUGAUCUACAGUCACAGGUUCGACAGCAGCACAUUCUGGCAUUUGGGCGACGAGUACAUGUUCACUGGCUACGUGGUCUACUCGACACAGAUGCUGCCCAAGCCCAUCAUCCACAUCUGCAACUCACAGGGCGAUCACUUUGGACUGUCUCUUCGCGAGACCGUCAUGGAGAAGGUGUCACGACAGGACUUUGGUCGCAUGCUGACCUUCCACAACUUCUUCUACACCAAGAUCUUGCUGCAGCACGAGACAAUGGAGUUCAAAGAUCACAACGAACUCUACUUCCUGCCCAAUGUCCUGUGUCUUUCAAAGCCCACCAAGUCAUACUACGAAUCACUCAUUGAUUUGAUCACUGUGGAGAACAUCUCGGUCGACCUGCCAUCAUCCGUCCUCGACUCGGAGAAGGCAUACCGCGAGUACUUUGACAGGAAGUACUUAAAGAAGAUCACGCUGUCGCCGCGUGGCGACUUUAACAUCUGUCGCGAGAUCGACUACACCAACAAGUUUGUCUACGACAAGCCAAACUUCAUCGUCCAGGACAAGGACGGUCAGGUGGUGGAGCUCAAAAGCAACCUGUGUCCGCAGCUCAUGGUCACGCACACCUAUGCUGCACAGGGCAAGGAUCAUUGGACAAUGAAGCCUUUGCUAUACUUUGACUCACACGACAACUAUGAGGACCCCUCCAAGUGGGGCAAGGACGACGACCUGGACACUGUCGUCUGGGAGAGCUUUAUACGCCGAUCAAAGCUCUUUGCCAAGGACCCGAUGCUGCUCAAGGUCUUUGGCAUCAACUCUGACAUGCACUCCAUUGCCAAGGUGGCUGUGCUUGUCCUCUUGCCCGAGGUGCGCUGGCACAUCAAGAUGCAGCACUUUAAGCACAACAUCUACGAGAUCAAGAACCCAAGACUACUGCGAGAGAUCUUCACUCAUCCCUCAACAAAGAGAAUCAACACGUCCAUUCCAGCCGACCUAAAGAUGUUCCGCGGAUACAACUGCUACAUGGGAGACAACCAAAGAAUUGAGUUUCUUGGUGACUCUGUCCUAAAGUUCUGUACAAGUAUAUACCUAUUCUUCAAGUACCCACAUGGACAGGAAGGAUUCCUAACGGCCAAGAGGAGUGAGAUGACAAACAAUAACUACCUGUUGCAGAUAUGCGAUAACUUCCAGAUCGAGGAGAUAUUGCGAUUCAGUACGACUGAUGACUUGAAGAAACCAAAGGCAGAUGUUGUCGAAGCACUCUUUGGUGCAAUAUUCUUGGAGCGAGGCAUCAAAGAGGCCUACACCUUUAUCAUCAAGAUGAUCUUUGGUGUUAACAACGCACAGUUCCCAACCUACACCUGUGCACAUUCUCCUCAUGAGGAGAGUCCACUAGACCCAAGACAGAAUGAGAUGUUGUUCACUCAAGGCGUAAGGGCAAAGAGGAAUUGCCUAUUCUUUGAGUCAAUCAAUUGUACGACAGAGCAGAACUCUUACCAACGAUUGGAGUACUUGGGCGACUCGUACUUGGACGUCGUGGUGUCAGAGUUCUUGUUCCACCACUACCCAGAGGAGCAGGAAGGCUUCCUCUCGAUGGUGCGAUCAUCAUUGGUCAAGAAUGAGAGUCUGGCGCGCAUAUCAGAGGCAAUCAAGAUCAAAGACUGCCUGCACGACCAGAACGUGGCAUUCACCCAGAAGCGUAUGGGUGAUCUGUUUGAAUCGUUUGUCGGCUUCUUGACACUGGACCAAGGUUUGGAGGACACCAAGGACUUUAUAAAAAGGACGAUACCGUGUACGAUGAAGAGAGUGGCAGAGGUAACAAAAACGACACUGAUACCUGCCACUGCCACGAGUAGUAGUGAUCGAUCAGUGGCAAGUGGAGCGACACUAUCCAAUCAAUCGAUCGAGGAUACAUCAAUUCUAUUUGGUCACAAUGACGACAAUGCAAUGGUACAAUGA